GUCUCUAAAGGUUAUGUCUUCUUUGGGAAUAUUUACUUAAAAUCAAACAAUCAUUAAUUUAGAAGAGGUUAAUUUUUUCAAACAGUACACUUUGUCGGGGAGGGUCUUUAUUUGUUAUUAUGGUAAAACCAAGAGUAAUUAAGAGUGGGAAGAGUGGCUGGAAGCCAGUUUCCAUCGACACUUCUGCAUUUACUCCAACAGAUUUACAAGGGCUCGCAGGUAUUGAAGAAUUGACAGAUUAUUCAAUAAAAGGGACUAGAGUUUCUAAGAAACCUGUUCGCAAAUCUGACAAGGACAAGAAUGAUAAGACUUCGGCACAAGUAAAAAAUGGUGUCGAGAAGAAAAAGAAACCCAAAAGGAGGAGAAAGAAGAAGAAAGUUAAAACUUUAUUGAAGGAAAGUGCCACCGAAGUUUCCUCUGAAGCCACAGAAGACCCCUCCCCCGUUGAGAUACAACCUGAAGAUUCUGCACAUUGUGGUGCAGACGUUCACCAACAAGAUGAUUCAGAUGAGCCAUUAUUACAAAUGUCCUCAUGGAAUGGCUUAGGUGUACCACAAAUUUUGCUUCGUGCUCUUGCGGAUAAGUCUUUUACCUAUCCUACUAAAAUUCAGGCCUUAACUUUACCUCCAGCAAUUUUUGGGCGAAGGGAUAUUCUUGGGGCUGCUGAAACAGGAAGUGGCAAAACUUUAGCUUUUGGAUUACCUAUACUAAAUGGUAUCAUUCAACUAAAGAAGGAUAAAUUAAAAAGUGAAGAAGUUGAAAUAGUGCCAGAGGAAAUUUCUGAAAAUGACGAUGACAAAGAUGAUUGUAAUAAUGAGGAGAGUGGGGAUGGUAACUUUGAAGAAUGUGCGUUUUCUGACAAUGAUGAAGAAUCUGAUGGAAAUGAAGGCUCUAUCAAAGAUGACAUUGGCUCUGAUGAGGAUGGUGAAUCUGAUCACAGUAAUGACCCAGAAAAUGAUUCAGAGGGGGAAGGGAGUAAUUAUGAUGACUUUAACGGAACUGCACAAUGUGUCAAAGUAGUUGACAAUAUUGACUUUAACUUUCCAAUCUUGGGGAAAGUGAAGUCAACAUCCAAGUCCCGGUAUACUCCCAAACCAUUAUAUGCUUUAAUAUUAACACCAACCAGAGAGCUAGCUGUUCAAAUAUCUCAGCACCUCAAAGUAGCAGCAAAGUACACUGAUAUUGCUGUGUCAGUUGUGGUUGGAGGACUUGCUGUGCAGAAACAGGAGAGACUUCUGAAUCGUGGCCCUGAAAUAGUUGUUGCUACACCAGGAAGAUUGUGGGAACUUAUUCAGGAAGGUCACCCCCAUCUUUCUCAAGUUGACACACUGCGGUAUUUAGCCAUUGAUGAAACUGACCGCAUGUUAGAAAAAGGCCACUUUGAGGAACUUCAGAAGAUCCUAGAAAAAAUUAAUGAAAAUGAUGCUCACAAACCAAAGCGACAAAAUUUUGUAUUUUCUGCUACAUUGACAAUGACUCAUGAACCUCCACGCUAUGUCAUGAAGAAGAAUGGAAAAAAGAAAGGACAGGCUCCUGCAGCCCGUUUCACUCCAGCUCAAAAGUUAGCUAGCAUAAUGAAGACUGUUGGCCUCACUGAUCCUAAAAUUGUUGACAUUACUGAUUCCUCAGGAGUGGCCCAGAAGUUGACUGAAGCUCAAAUCGUGUGCUCUUUUGAAGAGAAAGAUCACUAUUUGUACUAUUUUCUUCAAAGACAUCCUGGGCGUACUUUAGUCUUUUGCAACUCAAUUGAAGCUGUACGAAGAUUAUCCCAGCUUUUUACUAUCUUAGGGUGCACACCUUGGCCUUUGCAUGCCAAAAUGCAUCAAAAGCAAAGACUAAAAAACCUUGAAAGGUUUUGUGCUGAUCCAAAAGGGGUUCUUCUGGCUACGGAUGUGGCUGCUCGUGGUCUGGAUAUCCCUAAUGUGCAACAUGUCAUUCACUACCAAACACCACGAACAGCAGAGGGUUAUGUGCAUCGAAGUGGUCGAACUGCAAGAGCUCAGCAAGAGGGCUUAACAGUUUUAUUAAUGGAACCCUCAGAAGUUAGCACAUCUACCCGGCUUUUCAGAACUCUUGGUAGAGAUUCUAGUUUGCCUACUUUCCCUGUUGACACACAAUGGAUGGCUUCAGUAAAACAGAGAGUAGAUCUUGCAAGACGGGUUGAUAAACUAGAAUUACAGGCUAGACGUGUCAACACUGAGCAUGGCUGGUUUGACAAGCUUGUGAAGGAGAUGGACUUGGAAAUUAGUGAUGACGAGUUACCUACUUCGUAUUCUCGGGAUGGUGCAAACAAGGUCAAAAAGCAAGCUACUGCUUUAAAGAAACAGCUAACUGUCUUGCUAUCGAAACCUCUUAUUCCUAAAGGAUUUUCCUCCAAAUACCCCACUCAAACUGGCAAACUAGUUGUUCCUCUUUUCCCAGGCAGCAUACCCCCCAAUAAAGAAAGUUAUCAACAAUCAGCUGUUCAGGUGCUAAAGCAAUCUGUAGAAGAUCAGAAAGCAUUGAAAAGAAAAAUAAAUAGUGAGAAAUCAAAGCGGAAUAAGAGGAAGAAGAGACUUAGGAAACAAGAAGUUGCAGAAGGUACAGAAGCACCUGAAUCAAGUGGUGAAGAGGAUGGUGGGGAGGACAAAUCAGAAUGAAUAUAAAAUAUCGAAAAAGAGGAGGCAAAUCAGAAUAAACGCUGUUUUACUGUUUCUAAACUGCUUAUGCUUCUUCAAAAUCAAUUCUUGUCACAGCUUUAUCAAGCAUACUUUUAAUGUCAGAUACAUUCUUUUCUGGAAUAAUAUCGUAACCUGAAAUAAAUGAAAAUAUUGGCGUUUGA